AUGUCAUUCGGUGGCUUCGGCGGCUUCGGCCAAAACAACAACAGCCAACAACAGCCCACUGGAUUUGGAGGGUUCGGGGCCAAUAAUAAUAAUAAUAAUAAUAACUCGACGGGGUUCGGUACGUCCUCGUCUGGAGGUUUUGGCCAGAACGCCGCAUCUGGAGGCGGCUUGUUUGGGAACAACAACCAAGCUUCUGGUAGUGGAUUUGGUUCUUCUACGACUUCCGGCGGCUUCGGAUCGAAUACCGGAGGCGGUUUCGGAAGCAAACCCGCCUUUGGCACGAGCACAUCGGGCGGCUUGUUUGGUGGCAGCAGUAACAACACAACUACCAACACGUCUACGUUUGGCGGUUUUGGUGCCAAUAACACCUCCAGCAACACCACGUCCUCACCCUUUGGAGGCGGCAGCAAUACUAGCAGUGGAAUUUUCGGCGCGAAUAAAGCUGGUUUUGGUGCGCCCAACAAUACCGGAUCGUCUCUGUUUGGUGGAGGAAAUACGAACUCCGGAGGCUUUGGUACUACCAGCACUGGGUUUGGCGCCACGGGUGGUGCGGGCGAUCCUCCGGGCACCGCGUCGACUCCUUUUAACGCAUACACGGAGAAAGAGCCAAACAGCUCCAUUUCCAACUCUUACCAGAACAUUCUGUUUCAGGAACCUUAUAAAAAAUGGUCGUCCGAGGAGCUUCGAUUAGUCGACUACGCCCAAGGCCGUCGGCAUGGCAAUGCCACUGGCGGCGGUGCCUUUGGCGUCAGCUCUGGGUUCGGAGGAUUUGGCUCCAAUACCAAUACUGCUCAACCAACCAAUCUGUUCGGAACAAGCAACGCCCCGGCUGGCGCUGGACUCUUUGGCAGCAAUGCCAACGCAACAGGCAACUCCAGCUCUGGAUUCGGUGGCGGAGGGUUCGGCGCCACCAACCAGAGCAAUGCCGCCGGGAGUGGUCUGUUUGGAGGCGCCAACAAGCCCGCAGGAGGCGGGCUAUUCGGUAACACUCAAACACAACAAAACAGUGGAGGAGGUGUGUUUGGUGCUAGUGGUUCCGGAGGAUUUGGUACUCCGACGACGAACAACACUUUCGGAGCCAACAACAGUGGAGGUGGAUUGUUUGGAAGUAACGCCAACAAACAAGGUACAGGGUUUAGCUUCGGAAAUAACAAUAACACGAAUACCACCAACGCUGGAUCCGGCUUUGGCAGCACCUCCGGCAGUGCGUUUGGCUCGACGGCGAAUACCACGGGCUCAACUUUGUUCGGCAAUAACGCCAAUACUUCCCAGUCGACGGGUGCUGGCCUGUUUGGAGGUGGUACCCAGCAGCAACAGAAUACCUCCUCUGGCUUCGGCGCCGGCUUCGGCGGCCAGCCGAGCCAGAACCAGCAAAGCGGUGGCAUUUUCGGCAAUCAGCAAAAGCCUGCUGCUGGGGGGUUAUUCGGAGGCGCCGCGACCGGCACAACUUCAGGCGCCGGGGUUUUUGGCGGCAAUAAUGCGCAACAGCAAAACACCGGGGCCGGUCUCUUUGGCAGCACGGGCAAUACUUCCUCUGGGGAAAGUCUAUUUGGGAACAAAGCGACCACUGGCGGAGGUUUAUUCGGAGGGGGUAGUACCACUCAAUCCGCUACGGGGGGGGCGUCACUCUUUGGCGGGAACAACCAACCGCAGCAGGCUGCUGGCGGUGGCAUUUUUGGAGCCAGCAACAGUCAGAAGCCUGGCGGCGGCCUCUUUGGUGGUUCUGCUCAGGGUAGUGGCGGACUCUUUGGCAGCCAACCCAACCAAGCAUCGGGCGGAAGCUUGUUCGGAGCCGGCGCAAACCAGCAGCAAAACCAAGGCAUCCUGGGCAACUCCCUACUAGGCAGUACGCAACAGAACAACAACAUUCCCCAGGGCCUCACUGCCAACCUAAACGAUGUUUCCGCGUACGGAAGCCCCUCCUUGUUCGCUGGCCUUGGCGGAAACGAGGUGACCAACCCAGGACCUCUCGCUACACCUCUCGGCAACAACUCCAAGCCCCGAAAGAGCUCGAUUCUUCCCAUGUACAAGCUUGCUCCAGCCACCGCUGCCUCUCGCUUUGGCACCCCGCAGAAGAGGGGAUUUGGUUUCUCGUAUAGCUCCUACGGCACCCCGGGUGGCAGCCCCGCUAGUAGCAUUUCCAGCACUCCAGGUACAAUGGGUCGCAGCCUGCUGGGCCCAAGCUCAAACGGCUCCUUGAACAGGAGCAUAUCGACAAGCAACCUCCGCCGCAGCUUCAAUGCUGAAGACAGUAUUCUUGCUCCCGGCGCUUUCGCCUCGAGCUCUAAUACUCGUUGGUACGGGAGUACUGGCUCCAAAAAGCUGGUGAUCAACCGGGAUAUCCGCAGCGAUCUGUUCUCCACUCCUCAGAAGGACAAAACCGAGGGCAACGGCAGUGUCCGCAAACUAUCAAAACGCGUGAGCUUCGACACAAGCACUGCGGAGUCUCAGGAUGAAACCCCCGUUCGAAAUGCUCUCCCACCCCCCGAGGAUACCCCUACCUCCCAAACAGAGGAAGCGACUCCACGCCAGAGCCGAAAUACAAACGGAGUCAAUGGUUCUCAGAUACCAGAAACGGAACACGUCAAAGGCAACGAGCUUGCUAUCGUCCAUGAAGAUGACAAUUCUGCCACCCCGGAGGCUCAGACACAGGCACCUCUUGGAUUCGGCAACGUACCUGGUAAGUACUGGAUGCGGCCGAGCAGGGAAGAAUUGCAGAACAUGAACAGGAUGCAACGUCUACGUGUGGACAAUUUCACUGUUGGCCGCGACCACGUGGGUUACAUAAAGUUCAAAGUCCCCGUCGACAUGAGCAAUAUCGAGCUUGACGAUAUAUGCGGCGGCAUCAUUCAGCUAGAUCCUCGAUCUGCCACUGUCUACCCUGUCCAGGCGAAGAAACCCCCUGUUGGCAAGGGACUUAAUGUCCCAGCGCAGAUUUCUCUGGAGCAAUCAUGGCCCCGCGGCGAUCGGGACAAGAGAAAUACCAGCGAUCCAAAGAGAGUCAACAAACACGUCGAAAGACUCAAGAGAAUUCCAGAUACUGUUUUCGAGAGCUACGAUAAAGAAACUGGAGUCUGGACUUUUGGUGUCGAGCAUUUUACAACGUACGGUUUGGAUGACUCGGACGAGGAGUCGUCUGAUGCUGAUGAUGGUGAUGAUGAGGAGGAGGUCCCCUCGCCUGCACCGGAUGGUCGCGCUCGCAACGUGCAUGACCAAGAUGGCGCCUUCGGUAACGCACCUCGGGGAGAGGACACACCCAGCUCCAGAAAAAAUCAAGCUUUGCCGGGGGCAUUCGAUGAUCAAGUACACCCCUACGAAGCAGAGGAUGUCAAUGAGAAUUCUUUUUUAGGGAUUAGCUCUGCGGAUUCGGCGCCCAGCAAUGUCAGGCUCUCACUGGAAGACGAAUACGCCAGUGGGAUGGGCGAAGAAUAUGAAUCGUCCGACGAUGAGGACAUGGCGAGGUCCUCUUCCGGGCAGCAUCUUGCCGCGGGGCUUGACGACGCCUCGUCAGAGAAUGACCAGGACUCGAGAAGAGGAACGCCUGGCGGCAUUCUCAGAGCUCGAAUGAGGGCCGUAAAGGAUUCAGCCGGCCCUGUCACGGUUGAGGUGGUUGACGGUGACGACUGGAUGGAAAUGCUGCGAAAAACCGUCAGCCCAGUGAAGCGAGAUCGCCAACUCCUGAGGGAGAUGAACGAAACGCCGUCAAAACUCGGUAGAUUGGACAACAGUGGCGACUACCUUGAAUUCGAUUUGGGCAAAACAUCUAUCUGGGGUAACAAUAUCUCAAAGGAUGAAGGGAAGCGUGGGCAUAUAAGCACGCAAAUGGCAAAUGAUAAAGGACUUGGAUUCGCGACCAGCAUCGACUUGAUGAACUCUCUUUUUGAGAAGCCCAAGCCGACGCGGCAAAAUCCUGGCGCGACCGUGCAGGCCAAAGGCUUCCCCCAGUGGCCCUAUGAACGUCAAGAGAAGCACCUAAUCGUCGACAAUGAGGAAAAAGCCUACCAUGAUGCGCCUCGCCCAACUUGGGGCCCUGACGAGACGCUCGUCUUGACUAGGUCGUUGGACGGGGCACAAGCUGGACGAGGCUGGCGUGAGAGCUCGGACAUGCUUCAGUUUCAACAAAAGGGAAUUCAGACUGAGAAGCAAGACCUCCGGCUAGCAAAGUUUACCACGGAGACUUCCAAAAAUAUUCUCCACUCUCAGGACAAGGUCACGGAGAUCAAGUUGGUCGACGGUAUCCCCAUGGCUGCCUUGCGCGCAACCAGCCUUGGGGAUCUGUUCCAUGGGCAUGAAACGAACGAUGCAGCCAAUAUCUAUGAGAAGCGUGUCUGGGAACUCGCCAGCAUUCUAUUCGACGACAUGCCUGGCGUCAAUCAAGGGGAGGCCGAGGAUUUGGCACGGAAGCAAAGGUUAUCUCAGUUCUGGACCGGACUGGUGGAGCAAGCCUCGACCACCAACAUUGGUCUGGCCGGUUCUAGUGAAGAGAAGGCUGUGGCAAGCUUGGCUGGACAUCGAAUUCCAGAGGCGUGCAAGUUCUUGGCAGACGGCAAGAACUUCCGUUUGGGAACCCUGGUGCCCUUGAUCGGCACAAGCGAGGUGGCCAAGACUGAGAUGAGAGAGCAGCUGAGGGCAUGGCAUGACUCCAAGGUGCUUUCAGAGUUCUCGGAGGCUAUCCGCACCAUAUACGAACUCCUCAGCGGCAACGUUUGUGUUUGCGAGGGUAUGAAGAAUGUUCCUGUUGAAGAUCGCAUGGAAUCGUUUGUCAUGUCCAAGAAGUUUGGCCUCGACUGGAGACAAUCGUUUGGGCUUCGUCUGUGGUACGCCACGUCCCGUCGGGAUAGCGCAGCCUUGGCGGUGCUCAAGUUCAAGGAUGACAUCAAGCAAGACAGGGAGGAACAUGAUCCACAACCUUGGUAUCGUGAGCAAGGGUUGAAGCCCGUUUGGGAGGAUGCAAACGAAGGCAGCAGGCAAGACUUGCUCUGGGGCUUGCUGCAGCUGUACGCCGACAGGACCACCGACCUCGAGGCAGUGUUGCGACCCGAGAACUCGCGACUGUCGCCACUCGACAUGAGGCUAUGCUGGCAGCUCGGCCAAGGCCUGACGUCUACGGGUCGGGUCUCGUUUGGCGCUCAAGGCGACGAGAAGGCGGACGCGGCGACGAUUGCUUACGCCGCCCAAUUGACGGCCGCAGGCGACUGGCUGGAGGCCAUAUUUGUCCUGCUGCACCUGCGGAACACGGGCGCACGGGCAAAGGCUAUCCAGGAGCAGCUAUGCCGGCACGCCGGCCUCAUCGGGCCCGACAAUGGCACGACGUACGCAGUUCUGACGGAAAAGUUUCUCAUUCCCGGGGCGUGGCUCUGGCAGGCACUGGCGCUCUACAUGCGCAGCGUGAAACAUGACGCGUCGGCCGAAGUCCACUGUCUGCUCCGCGCCGGAGAGUUUGUGGAAGCGCAUCAGGUGCUGGUGCGGCAAGUUGCUCCCCGCGCCAUCAUCGAACGCGACUACGCGACUCUGUCGUGCCUGCUGUCGCAAUUCCAGGGCCGGGUGGAGUCAAUCUCGCAGUGGGCUCGUGGCGGAGAGAUUUACAACCACUUUCUGAGCCUGGUCGCGCAUCGUGGGAGAGGAGAAAGUACGCCGCCGGCGUUGCUUGAGAAGCUGCUGGCAGGCUUGAAUGUCAUGAACGAGAUGGCACCGGAGACGGAAAUUAUGCGGUACGCUGCCAUUUCCGACAUGGCAGAUGACACCGCACGGGAGAUGCUGAAGUUGGCGCAGAAGAAACGGGAUACCGAGUUUCGGGCAAGGAUUCUGGACUUGCCAUUGACGCAAGAUCGGAUGCUGGCGUAUUCGGUCGAUUUAAGCUUGGACCGGUACAGGGAAGUCAUGAGCCAUUAA